ACAGACAUUUCCAGCCGUUGGAUCUGAUCUCCAUCACAACAUCAUCCAUCACCUUCCCACAGACGCACCUCUUCACCACUCGCUAUUCCCAGCACGCCACGUGUCGUCUCGACGAUCGCGCGUGCAGAAACUCCCUGACUCUGCGCGUGGCGCAUUCCCAUCUCCGACAGCGGUGAAAAAACUGGUUAUGACCGUGGUGGAGAAGACGUGCGGCGGAGUUGUCUUGUGUUCGACUCAUCAGAUAGAUUCUCGAAAGACGAAAAAUAAUUGGGCAAAGAGACGUAAUUCGAAGAGUCGUCUUCGAUUUCUUUAGUUCAUCCCAAUCCAUAAUUCUCUCUCUGCUUCGACUCUUCACUUUCUCGCUCUAACUUAACGAUUCUACACGCAUCUGUUUCUUCCCGGCGGAACCCUAAAAAUUUAAAUCGUACAAGCUACUUGUGUAUAUUAUUGCUGUUAGAUGAUGAAUUGUUGUUGCUCAGUGUGAAAAUUCAUUCAUUUUGAGUUAGGUUUGUGGUGUUGUUCGAAACAAGCGGACUAAAGGAAGAAAUUGUACAUACCGCAAAGGAGUUUUUGGAGAUAUUGUUGUUCUGUAUUGUUCAGUUUCAUUGGUAGCAAGCUACGAUCGGAUAAUAUAAAUAUAAUAUAUAUAUAUACGGGAUUAAUUUGAAUAAGCUAUUGGAAGAAGGCUUCGGUGGCGAUUCAAUCUGUUCAUCACUGAUGUUGCAAUUUGAUGAUUUUGGAAGUGUUUUGUUUUGCAGUUCUGUCGUGGUUAAGUUAAAAUUGGAGAGGUGAGAAAAAGGUGUUUGUGGAGUGCUAUUUGGUGGUGGUUUUGGGGAUGAGGAAUGAUAGCCAGAGAAGUGGUGGUGGUGGUGGCGCAGUGGUGCCACGCUUUGGCAGGCAUAACAAUGGUAUCCUUCCAAGUUCGUUCAGGACACUUUCUGGUUAUCUGAGGAUUGUGUCAUCUGGAGCAUCCACAGUGGCCUCUACUGUAAGAUCUGCUGCUUCUGCUGCAUCGGCUAUUGUUGAGAGGGAUGGUGAGGGCAGCCAUGAUCAGGUCUCCUGGGCUGGAUUUGAUAAACUUGAACUUGAAAGUGGUCUGACACAUCAGGUUCUUCUUCUGGGUUUCAGUUAUGGAUUUCAGAUCUGGGAUGUAGAAGUAGCCGAUGACAUUAGAAAAUUAGUAUCCAGGCACGAUGGUCCAGUUUCGUUUAUGCAGAUGCUAUCAAAACCUGUGGCAUCAGAUCAUUCUGGAAAUAGGAUUUCUGGAAGUCACCCGUUGCUGGCAAUCUGUGCUGAUGGAUCUUUUUCUGGUGACACUAAUGUACAAGAUGGACUAGAUACCCUUUAUAAUGUUACUUUCCAACAAAGACAAGGAUCAUUUAAUGACAAAUAUGUUCCUACAGUGGUUUGGUUCUAUUCCUUGAGAUCUCAAUCAUAUGUACAUCUUUUAAGAUUUCGAUCAGCUGUCCUUGUUGUGCGAUGUAGCUCCCGAAUUGUUGCUGUUUUGCAAUCAGCUCAGAUACAUUGUCUCAAUGCUGCUACAUUGGAGAAGGAGUAUACAAUUCUUACAAACCCAGUGCCAUCUGGAUGUUAUGGAUCUGCAGAUAUAGGCCUUGGACCCCUUGCAGUUGGCCCUCGAUGGAUGGCUUAUAGUGGAAGUCAGGUUACAGUUACAAAUUCUGGUCGUGUGAUGCCGCAACAUCUCUCCUCUUCUCCUAGUUUUCCCUCUCCUCCUACAAACGUAAGCCUUGUUGCACACUAUGCAAAAGAGUCAAGUAAGCAUCUUGCGGCUGGUAUUGUGACUUUAGGGGACAUGGGAUAUAAGAAGCUAUCAAGCUACUAUACCGAGCAGUUGCCUGAAGGCAAAAGAUUUCAGACCGGGACACCUAAUAUUAGUGUAAAUGGCAUGACUAAUGGACAAGGAGUGGAUGCAGAGAGUCUUGGAAUGGUCGUUGUAAGAGACAUCGUCAGCAAAGGUGUUAUUUGUCAGUUUAGGGCACAUAAGAGCCCUAUUUCAUCUCUGUGUUUUGAUCCAAGUGGUGUGCUUCUAGUGACAGCUUCGAUUCAGGGACACAACAUUAAUGUUUUCCGUAUAAUGCCCCGACUUUCUGGGGAGAGUAGAGAAACUUCCGGACCAACAUACGUCCAUCUUUACAGGCUGCAACGUGGUUUAACAAAUGCUGUUAUUCGGGAUAUAAGUUUUAGUAGCGACAGCCGUUGGAUUUUGAUCAGUUCUUCCAGGGGGACAAAUCAUCUUUUCGGCAUUUCUCCAUCAGGGGGGAUGGUUAGUUCUCCAUCUAACAACGCGUAUUUUAAUGCACAAAACAGUCACACGUCUCCGAAUUCAGGACUACAGGUGCUGAAGCAGCAACAAAUCUGUACAUAUGGCCCUCCUGUCACUCUCUCUGCUGUUAGCCGAAUACGAUCUGGUAAUAACAGUUGGAAAAAGACGGUUAGUGGCGCUGCUUCAGCUGCAACUGGAAAAUCAAGUUCUGUUACAGGAGCAAUUGCAUCGGCAUUUUACACUUGCAAUGCCAACGAUGUGUGCAGGAACAACUCACCGGAAAAAUAUUACUUUCUUGUUUUCUCUCAGUCUGGUUCAGUCACUCAACACGCUCUGCACAUUUCUCCUGCUUUCUACUCUACAGCUAGAGGUAAUCCCGAUUUAGAAUCCAAUCUCAAUUCUGAUGUUGGGGUAACUGUCGAAGCAAUCCAGAAGUGGAAUAUUUGUCAAAAGCAAAACCGCAAGGACUGGGGGGAUAAUAUCGACAGCUAUGGAGAAAAUGGAAAUGCAGAUAACAGUAAAGUGCAUCCGGAAAGGGCGGAAAUCACGAAUGGCAUAUUAUCUGAUAUUUUGAAUACAGGCGCGAAAGAAAAAAUUGCUGCUGAAGAACGGAAUAACAUGUAUAUAUCUGAAGCAGAGCUUCAAAUGCACGAAAACGCGAACCUGUUGUGGUUUAGUUCCGAGACAUGUUUUCAGUGUAUGUUGGCUGGUGGUAUAGACGAAGAAGAUGCCGGUGGGGGGGAGAUUGAGAUCGAAAGAAAUCCCGUCCGUGGUGUCGAAGCAAGGUCAAAAGGCUUGGUUCCUGUUCUUGAUUUCAUUCAAACUACUAAGAGUCUUCACGGAAGGAUAUCCGGUAUAGAUAGAAAUAACGAAGGAGACAACAACAGGAGCCGCAGCAGCAGCUCAGCUCGCAAGGGCAGCGCUGCCAGUUCCCUUGAAUAUGUAGGGAGUGUAAAUAAUAAUGAAUACGAUGAUGGUGGUGCUGGUGAUGCGUCGGGGUUUGUAAACAAAACUGUGAUUGCGACGCCGCCGCCGACUGUGUCUUCGUUGGAGGAGGAUGCAGAGUGUGUAAAUAAUAAUAAUAAUAAUGUGAAUGAAGAAGAUAUUAGGUGUGUACAGAAUGACCGAAAUAGGAAUGGGUUGAAGAUGAAGAUGGAGCAGCACCAAAAAUCAAAUGAAUUUGGGUGAACAAGUAAGCUCACUUAUAUGUUAGUAUUAUUCUUAUUCAUUGUGAACAAAAGGAUUGAUGUAUAUAUAUUGUAUUAAUA